UACUAUAAUAAUUAUAUAAAAUGGAGAGAUACUUCCAAACCUACGCUCUCUUGGGACUCAAUGACGGUAACUUGCCAGUCCACAGAGGUAUGAGACAGAAAAGAUAUGAAUCCGUUGAGAAGAUGCUCGAUCUCCUCGACGUUGCUAGGAAAGUAGGACCAAAAGCACCAUGGCAAGCACUAUUUUUGGACCCACACGAUCCUGAAUGGGAUGAUGACAUGAGUUAUUUAUACGUUGACCAGUCCUUAUAUAGAUCAUGGUUCACUUAUGCAACUCUUGCUGGACUUUUCUUCUUGUAUAACUAUAGGAUCAUGUUCCAUAACAAAAACUUUUCAUUUGUUACCAAGUUCACUCUUGGAGGAGUCUGGCUAUACUCGAAUAUGGUAUAUCUCAAGUACAGACAACAAGUCCUCAGAUGUAACUUGUUUGACGAGUAUGUCCAGUUGAGAGCUGACGAACUUAUUAAGCAAAAUGAGCCCAUGCUCAGAUCUGAAGAAAUGAAAAGAUUUAUUUGGUACACUGCUGACCUUAAAGAGACAUUAGCCAGAAGUCACAGACAGUCUUAUAAGAAUGAUGCCUCCGAUUUUGCUGACUCAGAAUUGCUCUUGCAAGACUUCGUUAGAAGAUACUCAGAUGAGACUGAAGAAAUGCCAUUGUCUGGAAAGAAUGCUUCUAUUGGUCAUUAAUUACCCAUGCUCGUUC